AGUAUAUGACAAACUGCUUAUUUAUCAGCAGUUUAAAUGUCGUACUUGUCAUUUUACGUCAACAAAUUUUUGUCAACAUGUCAAGUGAUAUAUUGUAAAGUGUUUAAAAGUAUAUGAUAAGGAAAUAUCGCAUACCACAUAAAACUUUAAAGCAUAAAUGUUACUUAAAUAAUGUAUAUUUUAUCGUUUAAUAUUUAUUCGUUAAAGAAUAUGAAUCAAAAUGAGUUGGUUUGAUGCAGCAGGUCUAGCAAACAUUGCAAAGUCAGCUCUUAAAGAAGCUCAAAAAACUAUAGAUAAAGCUUUAGAUAUUAAGGACGAUGAAUCUAUUCUAACUCCUGCAAAUACGCCCAUAGAUCCACUUUCAGAUGACUUCUUUGGUAACUGGGGUUUGGCACAACCAAGUACCAGUCAGGAUAAGAAACAUCAAACAACCGUUCAUCCAAAACAAAUCAAUGUGUCGAACAGUAUUUGGGGAUCAUUUACAGGAUCUUUUUUUGAAAAUAAUCAGGAUGGAAAUAAAUCACCUUCGAUUACUAGCCUGGAUGAUACUCUGGACGGUAUAGAAACGUUUAGUCGAAGUAAGCUUGUUGUACAAAAUAUAGAAGAAGUAGAUAAUCAUAUUUCUGAUAUUGUUGAGGGAGAAAAAGGUGAAAAUACCCCUGAUCAAGAUGAAGUUAUUACAGUUGAUACUGAUUUGGAUAAUCAAAAUAAUACAAAUACAGUUAAAAGAAGGGAGAAACAGACCACUUCAAAAAGCAACAGGCUCUCAGUACUCAGUGCUGAAAGUGGUAAAAAUAGUUCUGAGAGUGCUGAUAUUAUAACUUGUAGUACAGAAUGUACAAGUCCAGAUUCAGAAAUGUUGUCAGCCGGCCAUUCCAUCUCUACAUCAAGUUCUGCAUUAGGUCUUCAGCCCACAUCAGACUCUGUGGAAGUAUUGGGCGAUAGUUUAACUAGUCCAAGUUCUGUGGAAGUGAUCGGUACUGAUAGUACUAAUAGUAGAAGACAGUCCGAUUACACAGAUGAAGUUAUUUCACCAUUGUCAGAAGAUGAAAAAAGCAGUUCUGUUGAUAAAUUAUCACCGGAUAGUGUUGAAGUAAUUCCAGAAGAUCAGGAUGAGAAUAGUAUUGCUGAAGAUACAAUGUCGUAUACAUCAGUAUCAGAAAGUACAUCUGCAACUGUAUUAGAUUCUGCUUUUAACCCCCAUCUAAAACCCCAGAAGAUGUUAAAAGAUACAUUUGGUCUACCGGAAACUGUAAAUGAAAUUAACACAGAUUCAGAUAAAAAAUAUCCUCUUGUAGAUGCUAUUACAAGGGCUCCUGCUAGAAGUACCAUGCAGUUGCCAUUGACACAGGUUUUGAUAGAUACCCAACCGCAGAGUAUCAAACAAGAUUUAACGAAUAUUUUACAAAAAACUAAUAUUAUAGAUAUUCCAGUUGAGGUAGAAGAACAUAGCAUAACAGAAAAUCCAAUUGAUAGUUAUAUACAAGAUGAUAGUUCACAAUCAGAUAAAACUAUAACCGGAAGUGAUAAUAUCAUGGAAAGUAGUAGCGAUACUAGUACAGCGACUGAAACAAGUAGCAAUUCGACUUAUUUAAAAAAUUUAUUAGCAGAUGCAAUGACAGAGAAAAGUGUAUCUAACGAACCAAAGAUGAUAAUGGAUUCUAGUCAAAAAAGUCUCACUUUAUCACAGGUAGAACUGAUUCCUAGGGAGAAUUCACCGAUUAGUUCAGAAAGUCGAUCGGAUCUCGUUAAAAUAGGAUCAGAUCACACAUCAGGGGAUGAAUUAGAAACAACAACAUCUUCCGAUAUAGAAAUAAUAUCAAGUCCUAACGGUGACUCGAGUAGUACCCAAAGUAGACAGAGUCCCGCUAAACAGAUUUGUACAAGAGCUAAAAUGGAAACUGAGGGAUUAGGCAAACUGACUAUAAAGAAAAUAAAAUCUCAUAAUCGAGAAUUAUCAGAAGCUUCUAGUAUAAGCGACGAACUACAUCCCCCGGAAGUGGAUAAGCUCUUAAAAAAAAUAACAGAAAUAACUGAAAUAUUAGAAUCUAGAGAAUCUAAACUCAUAGAUGUGAAUCGUCGAAAUGCUGAAUUACAAGAAGUAAAUAACAGUUUGAAGGUUCAAUUGGAUACCAUAAUAAGUAAGCAGUUGGAAAGUGCUGAUUUAUCACAGGUCACUGAGGAAUACACCCAAAGGAUGUCUGCGUUAGAAAAGAAAUUCCAGCAAGCGAUCAGGGAGAAAGAUAAUUUAAGAAAGCAAUUAGAACAGACGAAAGUGGAAUCGGCAACUAGAAUCAGCAAAGGUGAAUUGGAAAGCCUAUUAUCAGAGAAAGAAGGGGUUAUAAAAGAAUUGAUGCAAGAAGGUGAAAAAUUAUCUAAACAGCAGCUGCAACAUUCUAAUAUUAUCAAAAAAUUGAGAGCUAAAGAAAAAGAAAACGAAAAUACAAUAAAACAUCUCAAGGAAAACGUGGAAAGUCUUACAACAGAAUCGGAUCGUCUUAAAAAAUCUCUAGCAGCGAAAGAUGAAGUUGAAAGAACGCAAAUAGAAGCUAUCAAUCAGUUAACGUCAAAAAAUAAAAAAUUAGAAAACGAAGUUAAUAAAUUGAAAGGACAAUUGGACGAUUUAACCCAAAAAUAUGAUACUGUUAAAAAAUCAUUAGAAGCGGCUAAAAAAGAACUCCAAGAAAAAAUUAAAACUAGUUCCGAAUUACAAAUGCGUGAACAGCUGCUGAAUACUUUGGAAAAUCAAAAAAAAAUGACCGAAUCGCAAAAUUCCGAACUGGUGGAUCAAUUAGAAGAUUUAAGGCAAACAUUAAGGCGAUAUGAAGAAGAUAACGUGAAAAACGAGGAAAAAUUCAGGGAAGAUAAAAAUAAAUUGAUGAGAAAAUUGGAAGAAGCCGAAGCCCGAAAUGAAGAACUAUCACAAUCAGUAUCUGAAGUUAGCAAACCCUUAAUACGUCAAUUGGAAUCGUUACAGGCGACGCAUUCAUUGAAAUUAGCUUCAUUUGAAAAAAUUGAAGAGGAACUCACAUUAAAAAUUACCGAGCUACAAACAAAAUUACAAACCGCGACUAACAAUGAAAGAAUCAUCAAAGAUGACUGUAUCCAAUUAAGGUCGAAAUUUUCGGAUAUGGAAAGCGAACUUAACAGCUUACGCCACAAAUUGGAACUUUCCCAAAUGGAAUUGCAACAACAAAAAACUGAAAGAUUCGUUAACGAACAAGAAUUGAAUAAUAGAAUCGAAAAAUUGAAUAUUUCAUUGAAAAAAUGUAAAGAAACAAUUAGUGAAAAAGAAAACGAACUUUGUAAUUUGCAGCAACAGUUUAAUGCGGAAAGAGCUGCUUUCGAAUUGGAAAAGAGACAAAUUAUGUCACAGGAACGACUACCAACCGAAAAUCAAGUAAAUAGGUCUUCUAAUGGGGGUAGUAAUUCACCUACGUUAAGUUUAGGAAAAGUUUCCGUAUCUGAUUCCAUGACUGGUUCGUUUUGGUCUCAGGACGAACCGUUCGAAGUUACUGCUACCCCCCGUUACACGAACAUGUUCGAGAUGCAAAUGCUACAAACAAGUUUGAAACAACGAGACGGAGAAGUGCAACAACUACAGUGGGAAUUGAAUCGACGAGAACAAGAACGCAACCUCCUCAAUAACGAAAUAUCUAAUUUAUUAACGAAAGUAGAAAAUUUGGAAAGUAAAGUGACCGAAUUCGACAGCCUAAAAAUAAAAUUCGACGAAUUGGAACAACAAUAUGAUACGUUGUGUCAACUGUAUGGGGAAAAAGUUGAACAAAACGAAGAAUUGAAAUUGGAUUUGGAGGAUGUCAAGGAUAUGUAUAAGAGUCAAAUCGAUGAAUUAUUGAGACAGCAAAGAGAACGUGCUAAAUAGGUUUUAUUUUAUUUAUGAAAAAGGAAACUAAAGACUUAUAAUCCAUAAGGAAUUAGUUAUUGAUUUGGUGGGUAUUCUGGUCUAGAAGACUAAAUUUUAGACAUUUUUGAAACUAACGUGAAAAAAAUGUUUACUAUCCAUUUUUUUAUAUGAUAUUUAUGGACUUAUUAAGAAAAUAAAAAUAAAAAUCUCUCAAUUCUUGGAAUAAAAUUAUUCACCUAUCAGUAGGGAAACUCUUGAUGCGACUAAAUAAGCAGCUAGAAAGUUUUAUAGAAAGUAAAUGUACAAAAUGUGAUGAUAAAUUGAUAAUCCAACUCAUUUUCUACAUAAUUAUGAGACAAAAAGAAAAAUCCUGAAGUUUUUUGAAUAAAAUUAUUCACCUACUAGUAGGGAAACUCUUGAUUCGACUAAUUUAGCAACUAGAAAGUUUUAUAGAAAGUAAAUGUACAAAAUGUGAUAAUAAAUUGAUAAUCCAACUCAUUUUCCACAUAAUUAUGGGACAAAAAGAAAAAUCCUGAAGUUUUUUGAAUAAAAUUAUUCACUUACCAGUAGGAAAACUCUUGAUUUGACUAUAUUAGCGGCUAGAAAGUUUUAUAGAAAGUAAAAUGUGAUCAUAAAUUGAUAAACCAACUCAAUCCCUACAUAAUUGUGGUGCAAUGAGAAAAAUCCGGAAGUUUUUUGAAUAAAAUUAUUCACCUACAAGUAGGGAAACUAAAUUUCUUACAUAAUUGUGGAACAAAAAGGAAAAUUACGAAGUUUUUUGAAUAAAAUUUUUCACCUAUAUCGAUCGGGUAUAAUUUGAAAUAUCAUGUCAACCACUUCAAAAAAAGUAGUUUCGAGAAAAAAAAUUUGGGAAAAUCCGUUCAAGGAGAUAUUCUUAAGGGUCUAAGCUUUGAAAAUAUACAAUAAAAUCGUUGUUUUCAAUUUCUCGACCAGAAUACCCCCUUAGAUCGUAUUUGAACUCGUUUGCUUAAUUUCAAAUAGUUUCUUCAUGAUUUUCAAUAAAUUUUCCAAUAUUUUGAACAAAUAUAAUUAAGGUAUCAAUAAAAUAUAAAAAGUAGCAUUUAAUUAUCAAAUAGAUCAUAUACUCUGGAGAUAAUAAUAACAUGUUUUUGUUAAGGGGUUCCUUUAGUUUCUCGCCGGUUUUUUCAAUAUUUUUUUACGGCCAAACCAUUGAAAUUAUCAAUCUCAUUGUUUUUGAAUAUUCUUUACUGUCAUUUAAAUAAGUUUUACAAAUUUUUUCAUGUCAAAAUAUAUAAUAGAAUGAAAGUUAUAGUGGCCGACAGGAAGACAUCGAGUACAAAUGAUGCUUGACUGUGAACAAGAUGGCGGCUGUUCUGCUUAUCCGAAAGCAAAAAACUAAUUCUGGGCCUAAUUCACAAAAGGUUCAGGUAGCAGUUAGUUAGAUUUAGGGAUAUCAAUACAAUUGUCAGCACUUUCGGAGCUGCCCAGGACCAAAGGAACCCCUUAAUUUGCGGUUAAACUGGGUUGUAAAACAGUUUAUGUAAAUAUAUAUGGUGGGUUUUAAUGAAAACAUUUUGUAUAAUGUGUCGCUAUAAUUAGAUAGAUGGUACGGUUUAUUAAGCUGUGAUAUGUGCAAUUUUUAUAUAUCUUUAAUCUGAUACAUUUAUUUAUAACAUGAAAAUUUUAAAAUUAGGUUAUGUUGACAAAUAAAAUUUAAACUUUA